CUGGCCCCUAUUGGCCGGUCUGCCCUGAGGCGCGAAUGGCUCUGUCGGUGUAUUUCUGUGGCAGUAUUCGGGGCGGUCGGGAGGAUCGGGCUCUUUACGAGAGGAUUGUUCGGAAGUUACAGCGUUAUGGAACUGUGCUGACCGAGCACAUCGCCCGACCGGACAUCACAGAAGCCGGGGAAGACGCUGCAGAGCAGGGAGACAAGUUUAUCCAUGACAGAGAUGUCGAGUGGCUUCAGCAGGCCGAUGUGGUGGUGGCGGAAGUGACCCAGCCGUCCUUGGGUGUUGGCUAUGAGCUGGGCCGGGCCGUAGCAAUGGAUAAGAAGAUCCUGUGCCUGUUCAGACCAUCUUGUGGACGAGUACUGUCUGCCAUGAUCCGGGGAGCUCACGAUGGACGCUCGGUCCUUGUUAGGGACUACGAGCCUGAGGAAGUGGAGGGAAUCCUCUCGGAAUACUUUACUGUCACCUUCCCAUCGCUGUGACAUCAUAG